UCGUGGGUCAACAACCCACACCACACGUACAAGUUUACUCUCACGAAUUUCGUGAUUUUUGGAGCCUUUUGCCAACUUUCGUUGCCUGUAUGCGUGCCGGUUUUGUGUUACGCGUCUGUAACGCCGUCCUGUCGGUACUGUUCGUAGUUUCGGGCGAGGGAAGCGACGUGAGUGACGUAGGAACGUGCGAAGGGGGCGGGGCCAGGUGUGAAGACGUGGAAACUUUGGAACAAGACAGGUACACAACAGGCCCCGCUAACAGCUGAUGUCUGCUUCCCUGCGAGCCACAGCAGGAGCCAUGCGGGCCGUCGUGGUGAGAGAGUUCGGCGGGCCGGAGGUGCUCAAAGUCGAGGAGGUGGCCAUUCCUCAGGCACAAGGCAAACAGGUUCUAAUUAAAGUGUCAGCAGUUGGGGUGAACCCAGUGGAAACCUACAUUCGAAGCGGUACCCACAACAUCAAACCCCCCCUGCCAUGGACACCCGGGGGGGACAUUGCUGGGGUGGUGGAGGAUGUGGGGAAAGAGGCUACCAAGUUUAAGAAGGGAGACAGAGUGUACACCAGUAGAUGUGUGACGGGUGCGUACGCGGAGUACACCGUGGCUGAAGAAGACUCCACCUUCAGACUGGCAGACCGGCUGUCAUUUCAGCAGGGUGCCGCCAUGGGGACACCGUACCUGACAGCGUACAGGGCACUGUUUCACAGGACCCAUGGGAAGCCUGGAGAGACUGUGUUGAUCCACGGAGCAAGUGGAGGGGUUGGGUUAGCUGCUGUUCAGCUGGCAAAGGCUCGUGGGAUGGUUGUCAUGGGAACGGCAGGCAGCGGGGAGGGGAUGGAGCUGGUGAGGAAGAACGGAGCGUCACACGUCUUCAACCAUCGGGAGGAGGGAUACACAGACAAGAUCAUGGCUGCAACAGCUGGAGUUGGAGUAGACCUGAUCAUUGAGAUGUUGGCAAAUGUGAACCUGGAGAAGGACUUGGAGCUACUGGCAAGGCAUGGGAGGGUGGGGGUUGUCGGCUCUCGAGGUCGGAUAGAAAUUACCCCUCGUCUGUUUAUGACUAAGGAAUGCUGGGUAAUCGGUGUCGGAAGGGACACAGAGAAGGAACUAGGAGAGACCAUGGCAGCCUUGUACGCAGGCUUUACUCAGGGCACCCUGAAUCCAGUGGUGGGGAAGGAGUAUAGUCUGGAUCAGGCUCCUCAGGCUCACAAGGACAUCAUAGAGACCAAGUCUGCCAUGGGCAAAAUGGUGCUCAACAUAUAGACUACAUGUAGCUCUACAGUUGAGCUUUAAGUCGCAUCAGUUGUUUUGAUGUGAAGAAAGCUUUUAAAAAGCUGGGCAAGUG